CAUGGCAUUUCUGGCUCUUCUCUUUGUGGGGUUUCUCUCUGUGGGAUCGGGUGUUUAUGGGGACAGUGAUGGUUGGAUGGAUGCUCAUGCAACAUUCUAUGGAGGGGGUGAUGCCUCUGGCACGAUGGGUGGAGCUUGUGGAUACGGAAACCUGUAUAGCCAGGGGUAUGGGACUAACACUGCUGCUUUGAGCACAGCCUUGUUCAACAAUGGUUUGAGCUGUGGAGCUUGUUUUGAGAUAAAGUGUGUGAAUGACCAAAGAUGGUGCCUUCAGGGCUCAAUUGUGGUCACUGCCACCAAUUUCUGUCCACCAAACAAUGCCCUCCCAAAUGAUGCAGGUGGCUGGUGCAACCCUCCCCUUCAACAUUUUGAUCUUUCUCAGCCUGUCUUCCAACAAAUUGCUCAGUACCAAGCUGGCAUAGUGCCUAUAGCUUACCGAAGGGUGGCAUGCCAAAAGAGAGGAGGCAUCAAGUUCACCAUCAAUGGUCAUUCUUAUUUCAACCUAGUCUUAAUCACCAACGUUGGUGGUGCUGGUGAUGUUCAAGCGGUUUCCAUCAAAGGUUCUAGAACUGACUGGCAACCAAUGUCUAGAAACUGGGGUCAGAAUUGGCAAAGCAAUGCUUACCUCAAUGGACAAAGCCUCUCCUUUAAGGUUAUCACUAGUGAUGGCCGCACCUUGGUCUCUGAUAACAUUGUCCCUAAUAACUGGUCCUUUGGCCAGACCUUUACAGGGCAACAAUUCCCUUAAGAGACUAAGAAGAACAUAAACACUUUUCAGUAAGUUACUAAAAGUGUUUGCACUUCAAGUAAUUGUGUCAUUUAAUUAUGGUUAGGAGUAUUAUUAUAAUACCAAAGUGAGUAUAAUAAAAAAAUAACAUAUCAUAGAAUUGAGUCAUUGGGGGCAAAGUAGAUGGGCAUAUUUUAAGAUGGCCCUAGUCAUUUAAAAUUGUAUUGCAAAGAACUAUGUUCUGCUCUUUGUGGAAAAGGCAGGGUAAGUUUAGGUGGAAGUGGUGUUAAUUAAUCACCCGCCAUUUUUUGUUUAUCAUAAGUUAGUUCAACUUUUUAUGUUGUCUUGAAAGUACCUAUAUUCUAGCUUAGCUAAA